CGCAUAACGCAUGCAGCUAGACGAGCGAAUGGGUACCCGAUAAAUUUGAUGUACAGUUCAUAUUUCAUGCAAAACCGAAGAGGGAACGACUACCAUAAUGGCAGAAACUAAUGGAGAUGCUGAGCCAGUUGCCCUGAUGGAAGAGAACCAUGUGGAAGAGAUCCAAAUGCAAGAACCAUCCCCCAAGAAGAUCAAGCUGGAAUUGGAGACACAACCUGCUUCCCUCAUGGACCUCGCAGUCGAAGAGGAGUCCUCCACGCCGCCUCCACCACCAUCGCUGCAGAGCUUUGAGUUCCAGUUUGCAGAGCAGACGGGGCCGGUGCUCGCUGGCCCUGGUGCAAAGAAGGAGACCCUGCUGGCGUUGCCCGGGAUGCCGUCCAUGAUGGGGCUACCCAAGCUGAGCGCGGAGCAGCAGGAGGCUGUCAUGAAGUCUAAGAAGUAUGCCAUGGAGCAGAGCAUCAAGAGCGUGCUGGUCAAACAGACAUUAGCGCACCAGCAACAGCAAAUGUCGAACCUUCAGAUGCAGGCCCAGAGGCAGCGCGCCAUUGCCCUGAUGUGCCGGGUGUACGUGGGUUCCAUCAGCUUUGAGCUCAAGGAGGACACGAUCCGCCAAGCCUUCCACCCCUUCGGUCCUAUCAAGAGCAUUAACAUGUCCUGGGAUCCCAUCACCAUGAAACACAAGGGCUUUGCUUUCGUGGAGUACGACCUGCCUGAGGCUGCCCAGCUGGCCCUGGAGCAGAUGAAUGGCGUCAUGAUCGGUGGCAGGAACAUCAAGGUGGGUCGACCCAGCAACAUGCCUCAAGCACAGCCGGUUGUAGAUGCAAUCAUGGAAGAGGCCAAACACCAACCUAGGAUAUUUAUUACAUCCAUUCAUUCAGAUCUCUCGUCUGAGGACAUCAAAAGUGUAUUUGAAGCCUUUGGUAAAAUUAUAUCCUGUAGUCUACCAUCAGACUCUGUAGGAGGAAAACAUAAGGGUCAUGGAAUAAUUGAAUAUGAUAGUAUGCAGUCAGCGUCAGAUGCCAUCUCGUCGAUGAACCUCUUUGAUCUGGGUGGCCAAUUCCUCAGAGUCGGAAGGGCUAUUACCCCUUCAACGAUGACAGGUUUUCCUACGAUACUUGGGGGCUCUGGUCUUCCUCCAGCUGCUGCCGUUGCUGCAGCUGCUGCUACAGCUAAGAUACAGGCCCUAGACGCUGUGACUGCACCAGCAGCCAUGAACAUGAACAUGGUGAGUGUAGCCCCUACCAGCCUCAUCAACCCUACCACCUUGACAGCAGCUCCAGGGCUACUGGCCACACCUCAAGUCGGUAUCCUCGGCAUGCCCCAUGCUGUCAUGGCUAGUUCAGCGGCUGGAGUUAUCACUGGAGUGACACCUGUCAGACCACAAAUUGCUACGCUCCCUAUCUCCACAGCAGCUCCAGGUGUCCUCACGACCGCCCCUGGGAUGACGGCAGGCUUGACGGCUGGCCUGAUGGCUCCGGCGAUGGCCGCUGUAGCAGCCGCAGCAGCAGGUAUCGCUGAACAAGUCAAGGAGGAACCGGCAGAGAUCAAAGACGUGGAGCUUCCACAGACCAUCAGCGAGCAGGAGAACAUGACGAUAUCAGGCAGCAACGCAAGGCACAUGGUCAUGCAGAAAUUACUCAGAAAAUCAGAUUCACAUGUGAUGGUAUUGCGCAACAUGGUCGGUGUGGAGGACCUAGACGAUGAACUAGAAGGAGAGGUGACGGAAGAAUGUGGAAAAUUUGGAACAGUCAACAGGGUGGUCAUCUACCAGGAGAGGCAAGGAGAGGAGGAAGAUGCAGAGGUCAUCGUUAAAAUCUUUGUGGAAUUCUCAGAUCCAGCGGAAGCCGAGCAAGCAGCUGAUUCGCUCAACAGCAGAUGGUUCGGAGGCAGGAUGGUACGAGGAGAGAUCUAUGACCAAGAAAGAUUUGAUUCUAGUGAUCUAUCGGGUUGAUAUCCAUCCUCUACUCUUCUUCUCUACCUGUUCUCUCUUUCUUCUAUCCCUCCAUCCACUUCGUCAUUUCCAUCUAUCACUGUUUCAUCAGUCUUGCCCACCUUGAUACAUGAUGUACCGUAUCCUGAGAGCGAGCGGGAAGGGCAUUUUUUUGGUCCCGAAUGGUCCCGAAUUUCGAUAGACCCCCAAAUUCUGAAAAUGUCACGGGGGGCUCAUGCAUACAGACCAAAAAUAUUGCAAUCCAGACCCCUGUCAGAAAUGUUAGUUUGGAAGGGCACUUUGUGAGAUGUCAUGAGCAAGCCUUUAUAUCUCUCGACAUACCUGUAUGAUAUGGUAGUUUGCGGGGUGUUCUAAUGAGUGUUUCUCAAGUGAAUAGACGAUCAAUACUUUCAUUCUCAUAACCAUUCAUUGAAGAUGUGUUUGUGUUGCUUGAACUUCUUAAUACAAAAAGAAGACCUCUUUACGGUGAUGUAAUUUUUUAUUACAACAAAUUACACACCAUGCAUUAGAGACAAGAGCUGAGGUUACACUGUAUAGUUCUAGAAACCAACUAACCAUUCAAUUCCUAAACUUGGCAACACAUUACCAAAUGCAAAAUAAUCAUCUUCUUGUAUGACUUGGGAAGUUUUUUGCUACGUUAUGUGAUACAUUUAUUACAAUGAUUUUUUUUAUUUUAGAUACAUUGCAGGUUGUCUGAAUAUAAAUUGAAAGAAAAUAUUUAUGUUUUAAUGCUGGCUCAUUGACAUUUUUGGAGAAAUAUUUUCUGUGAAAAUUGUUCAAAUGUAUACCAAUGAGGAUGACCCAAAGUAUGUUAGUAUGUUCAUGCCCAGUCUUUAAUAUGUACAAUCGAAUAUCAUGCAUUGAAGUUUUGUCCAACUAUUUUGUUGUGUUUUAUAUAUUGUCAAUGUUUAAAUCACAUAUAAGCACAAUCUAUAUUAGGUUCACAUAUUCCUUUACGAUAGAAUAAAGUCACAAUUUUCUAUCGAUUAAUGAUUUAAUUUUAUCAUCCCCCCCUAUUCUUUGAUCAAAUUCUAUAUUUAUGAAUUCUAUAACUUAAAUAAUUCUUCUAAAAUGUUUUGCUUCAACGGUUUCAUUGUUAACAUCAUAGCAAGAGCAUAUUCAGAACAUCAGUUGAAAACAUUUUCUCUGGCAUUAAAUCCAUCUUCACUGCCCCUAAAUCUAACUGAUGUCACAAGCAAAUAAAAAAAGAUGAUAAAAUCGAUCAUGUAAUAAGGUAUCUUUUUAGAUCUAACUUAUUUGGUGUAGUUUGGUAGAAAUUGAGUUGAUAUGUCUGCCAUUCCACUGUUGAACAUGGAGGAUUCUUCGCUGACAUGCAGUGAUGUACUCAUGUAAAGUCAUAUUUUAUAACUUUCCUGUGAAAAGAGAUCAAAUGUUACCUACAUAUACUUGUAUCUUGUAGUAAUUCUAACAUAUUCAUGUACAAUGUAUAUGAUAUUGAGUGUUGAUAAUACAGUAUUGAUAAUAAUUUUGAAAUAUGAAACUGGUUCAAUAGCAAGAUUGAAAAUUUGCACUUGAUGGUUAUAUACAAUAUUUUGAUACAUAAACAUGUAUGUCAUGAUGUAGCUCUAGAAAACAACAUUGCCCCAGAUUUCUUACUGUCUUCUUUUAAAAAUGCAUGAAUCUUUCCUAAUGUUCAUCUUAUUAUAACUCAUUACAGGCCUAAAAGUUGUACGCAAUUUGGAGAGUUGUUCAGUGUCACUUGUAUUUUCUCGUGAUCAGAGUUGCAUGCAUGAUUACAACAAUACUUAAAUUGAUUACCUAUCAUAGAUAAAACAUUUAUCUUGUGGCAUGAUGUACAAUGCACCUUGUCUAUAGUAAAAUGCUUCAAAUUGGCCUACAUUUCUCUACGAUCCAUUUGGUCACAAAGAAAACUCAAUAACUUAUUAUCAGUGGAAUUUCAUUUAAGUGCAUUGGAGGCAAAUUAGAAUAGAUUUUUGCAAUGUAAUAUCUGCAUGCAACUAGCAGAAUGUCGUUAGCACACAUGUCUGUUGACUCUGUUAUAAAGCAAAUUUCUGCUUUGCUUCUAAAAUAUUGAUGGCUCUAUACUUCUUGUACCAUUUUAUUUAAACAUGACAGGAAUUUUGUGUUUAUUGACAAAGAAAAAAGCCAGAAUGUAUUGUAACUAACUAAUUUGAGAAGUUUUUUUGUGGUACUUUCGAGCACAUAAUUAUGGAGUUACAGGCACUUUAAUGCUAACAGCCUUUUAUUUAAUGCAAUAGUCACCUGCACGUUUCGCAGAAUGACGCAAUGCGCUCGGACCAUCUGCCAGCGGCACAACGAUAUACAUGUUAUGUUACAAUCCGUGAAGUUAGAUAAAACUGAAACUUGGGCCAAAAAAAUAUAUGAUUGAAUGCCAGUGAUAAAGUGAAAGUGAUAAUGAUCCAUGUGAUUAUGUAAAUGUAUGUGCUUUCAAAGUGCUGUAAUUAUUUAUGUCAGCCUUAUUAGCUGUAGUUCUGCCAGCUAACAAACUCAUUGUAAAUAAAGAUUUGUGUACAUAUUUUA